CUGGCUAGAUUCACCCAUUCAUAUAAUUAGUACCGCCCGCCGUGUUACGUGCGAAGUGUCUCCUUGUUCGCUAUUUUUGCGCAGACUGUGCAUUGCUCCGUGGAAAAAAAGAAUGUCGCUGAAGGACUCGAUUCUCCAGUCCCUGAGACCCACCCCGAAGCGUCUGUACGAAUCGUCAGUUUGCCUGGCCUCCUGUCUGAAGAAUCACGAGGAGGCAAAAGGUCCCGGCACCAAGACCGACCACGAUGGCGUCAGCAGCGGGAGCGCCUCAGAGCCCACCGAGAAGCCGACCCUGGCCGCCAUGGCACGGCACUACAAACUCGGGCAACUGCUCAGGUCCUUGGCCCCUCUCAUUGUCGUUCAGGAACGGCUUUACCGGCGGCUGGAGGAGAGACCAGACGUAAACGCCGCAGCCAGGAAGACCUUCCCUGAGCUGUUCCAGGUUAUGGAUAUUGAAUCCAGGACGAUCCUGAAAAUCUCCAGUGAUUUUUCCGUGGAGAAGGAGGAUCGAUACGCCAUGGAAGCCAAUCUGAACCUCCUCAGGGAGUCGGUGGUGAGGAUCACAGAAGCCCUUCAGACGGUGCGAGAGGCCCAGUACGAGAGUCCUGGUCGAUUGAACAACAAGCUUGCGGAUACCGUAGACGCGCUCCGUGUGGACUGGCACGCUGUCCAGUCGAUACGGGCCAGCUUACCGGAGCGGUACCCGCUGGACUACGAACAGCUGCACGAGAAGUCGUCUUGAGAAAAAAAAAACCUAAUAUGGCCCGUUUACACACGUGCGUGGUAACAGAAUUUCUUGCUGUCGAAAUUUACAUAUAGAAUAAACGAUGUUCUGUUAGGUGUUUUACAUUCAGAGCUGACAAAUCGCGCGGUCGCUCGAUAAACUGCUGUGGUUAGAAACCUGAGCGAUUUUUUUCCAAAGACACCGCGCUUAGACUGUCUGUUCUGGCCAAUCAGCGCUCUCGAUGGGUAUGACGUCACAGGCUGGCUGCUAGUUCUAAGAUGUCGUUUGUGGAAUAUCAUUAACAUAAAUACCCACCGGGUUUCCGCCCCCGUGUAAACGUAAAAUAUCGCUCGACAUUACCGCUUUCCGUCACAGCGCGCAUGGGUAAACGGGGCUUUAAUCUACCGCAUCGAAGUGGUGGAUUUGCAGCACGCUUUACUUGCGGGAAAUUACGGUACGGCUUGUGCAAUAGCAAAAAAAGUAUUUCAGGUGUGUCGAUCCAUCAGCUUCGACCAUUUUCGUAGCAUUAACGAGGAAAUCGUUUCAGAUUUCGACAAAUACCCACCACACCAGCAAAUGAAAAAUUGUUUAGCAAACUUUCUAGAAAAUCAUAUUUGAUAAGUAUUUUAAAAAUCUUUUCCUUUCAUGUGCGUAAUGAUAAAUGUUUUCAACUACCGUUUUAUAUUUUUACAGGGGGCGAUAACUACAUAAGAACGUGACCUGAUAAAUAGAAUACUAUGGAAUCACAUGUGUCUUUUGCAGUUUGAUAUAAAAUCUAAAUUAAUAAGAAAAGUGUCUCUUAAACUGACAAACUUAAUACGGAAAUUUCUUUUACAUCAGUAAUAAAAAUAACAUAAAUUCUCGCCAACUGUCGUAAAAACUACUCGUGUGCUUGAAACAAACAGGAACCACUAUUUUUCCAAAUGUGUUCAUGCCAUUAGUCUCUUGUUAUUCGGUCCCCCUUUUGAUUAGUUGGACGUCUACAGUUAUGGCUUGUCAGGACUGUUUCGUAGUUACGGUUCAAGGCUGCCACCUUCCUUGUUACGCGCACAUGUAUAUCAUAUCAUGUUGUCGCCAGACACUGCAGUGUAGCGCUAACCAAUCUUAAAGGGUAUUUUGAGAGAUGUAGGGCACUGACUACGUCGUCAAAGGCACUUCAGGCACGAUACCGUAUACGAUAUUACGUCGAAACUGAGCCGGUAGUCUGACCCUGCAGCUGAAGUCUCUUGGUCGUAUGCACGUGGCCGUUUGUAGAUUGUACAAAGGGCGUGAAUUUGGAUCGCAUGCCGGGUUGUGAGGUUUUUCCCACAAGUUACCGGAAGUUGGGACGUAAGUUUAUUGUUUAGUCGAUGGGGAAAAACAAAUUAAUCACAUUGUCCAUGUAAUCGUGAUGGUGCAGGUUGGUUUCCAUAGGGCCGACUUUAACUCACAGUUGGGCAUUAUUGGUGUCAAUGACUCUAUGAUGUAUUGUGCACGUAUAGGGUAUGUGUUACCAAGCAAGCCAUUUUGUCGCAAUUGGACAUGUCAGUACAAUGGUGGACCUGUUAUGAAACAGCAACGCUGAGGCUACAUCAAAGGCGAAAAUUAACAUAUCUAACGGGGGGCGAUUAUUUCCUUAGUAGUGUGCACUUCGCAUCGUCCAACAGGUGUGUCAGUAAUUGGAAAUUCACACAGUAAAACCUUCCUGACCUUUCAGAAUAUUAAAUCCCCAGUUAUGGUGUGCAAUGCACCAUAUGGUUCGUUGCCUUUAUUGUACAUUUCACUCAUAUUGUCAACGAAUCAGGAAUAACGAAAACUCAGUGUUGUGCGCAUAGGCCCACAACUACAAGCCCAGAAACCUGCACAAUUUCGAUCUUCAGUUUGUCCUUGCGUCUGUGUACACAGAGUGAAAUGAAGGCUGAAAACCUUCAGAAAAGAAUGGAUCGGCGAUUUUAUGACCGCGGACCGAGCAAUUAAAUCAGCCAGCCAAUAGGAUAAUUGUGUAUAGGUCAGGCAACUGUCCAAAAAAACGACCGCAAAGCAGACAGUACUGCGCCUUUUAAAAAGCAAACCAAGAUCGAACUUGGUAAAUCAAAUUAUCGUCAAAAUUAAAAGGCUUGCAAUCUUGAUAAAGUCAUAUCAAAAUACUGCAUCUGUUCGUGCUUGUGCCACUCAUAAUAAGUGACACCGUAUUAGCUUUGUUUAUUAUUUCUUUGUUACCUUUAUUAUUAGCUUUGUUUAUUAUUAUUGGAAGAAGAGUAUCAACCGACAUAUUAUAUUCCGUAAAUAAUGAACCACUCAUUUGAACUGUAUGAUUGACCUGUCGUCGUUUGCGAGUUGGCCAUGCACGCCCCUUACACAACCCUAUGGAAAUUUGUGCGUUGAGUUUUGCUUGAGAUUAUGCGCCUCCCAAACCCAGUAUGUACAUGUACUUCAUGUACACGUAAAGCUGAGUUAACGCAAUUCCGCUGCGAUGGGUCAAUUAAAAUUCCAGGGGUGCACCACUUCAAAUAGAUUCCCAUAGACAACAAUGAUGAAUCCCCUCACUUCACAAUUAUUUUAGAAAUACAACUCUCACAGGUGUCCAGGCUGCACCGAAAUACGAUGAUCGACAUGUCCCCCUUUCAUUUUCCUUUCAAUUUUCGGGGGGGGGUUGACCAAUGAAUUUUUGAGAAAUUUUAACCAAAAGUAGACCAACCCUAAAGUGAAGAAAAUGUUCCUGCCCAGAAAAGUAGCCAUUUCGAAAAGCAUCCCUCUGCAAAACGGCCAAAUAGUGCCACUUUCGGACCCGAC